GGCUGCUUGAAGCACGCUCUGUUCAUUCGGGUCCCUCCUUCUGACUCUCCGCCCUUGGAGGCGUUUCAAAGCCCUAAGAGUAAUGAUUGAGUAUCAGCUCCAUCUGCAUAAAAUCACCCUGCCUUCUCUGUCGGAACACAGUUAAACAGAUAAGGCACACCCAUACAGAAGCCACCAUGGGGGACGACAGUGAAUGGAUGAAGUUGCCUAUUGAUCAGAAAUGUGAACACAAGGUAUGGAAAGCGAGAGUGAAUGGAUAUGAGGAAGCACUGAAGCUCUUCCAAAGGAUAACGGAUGAGAAGAGUCCAGAAUGGGCGAAAUACUUGGGUCUCAUAAAGAGAUUUGUAACAGACUCCAAUGCCGUAGCUCAGCUCAAAGGCCUGGAGGCAGCACUUGUGUACAUAGAGAGAGCCCAUGUGGCUGGCAAAACGACUGGAGAGGUAGUGUCUGGAGUGGUCAACAAAGUUUUCAACCAGCCCAAAGCACGGGCCAAGGAGCUGGGCGCCGAUAUCUGCUUCAUGUAUGUAGAGAUAGAGAAGGCUGAGGUGGUCCAGGAGGAGCUGAUCAAGGGCCUGGACAACAAGAACCCCAAGAUUGUUGUAGCAUGCGUUGAGACACUAAGGAGAGCCCUCAGUGAAUUUGGUUCCAAGAUUAUCACCCUAAAGCCAGUAGUCAAACUGUUGCCAAAACUGUUUGAGUCUCGAGAAAAGGCAGUUCGAGAUGAGGCCAAAAUGCUAGCUGUAGAGAUUUACAAGUGGAUCCGAGAUGCACUUCGUGCCCCUCUCCAGAGCAUCAACUCUGUGCAGCUGAAAGAGUUGGAGGAGGAGUGGGUGAAGCUGCCCACAUCGCCCCCCAGACAGUCCCGCUUCCUGCGAUCCCAGCAGGACCUCAAGGCCAAGUUUGAGCAGCAUCAAGCCUCAGGAGGAGACCAGGUGGACGGAGAUGACGACGAUGAUGAAUGUGAAGAACCUGUUGAUCCCUUCGAGCUCCUGGAACCUGUCGAAAUCCUGUCCAAGUUGCCUAAAGAUUUCUAUGACAAAAUUGAAGCAAAGAAGUGGCAGGAGAGAAAAGAGGCUCUGGAGGCAGUUGAAACGUUGGCUAAAAAUCCAAAGUUGGAGAACGGAGACUAUGGAGACCUGGUUCGCGCCCUGAAAAAGGUUGUUGGCAAAGAUACCAAUGUGAUGUUGGUGGCGCUGGCGGCCAAAUGCCUAACUGGAUUAGCGGCGGGUCUUCGGAAGAAGUUUGGGACCUAUGCGGGCCAUGUGGUGCCAACCAUCUUAGAGAAGUUCAAGGAGAAGAAACCACAAGUGGUUCAGGCCUUACAGGAGGCUAUUGAUGCAAUCUUCCUUACUACAACUUUUCAAAAUCUGAGUGAGGAUAUUCUGUCUGUGAUGGACAACAAGAACCCCUCCAUUAAGCAGCAGGCCUCUCUGUUCCUGGCCAGAAGUUUCCGUCACUGCACGACAGCCACGUUGCCAAAAAGUGUUCUGAAGCCUUUGUGUGCCGCUCUUCUGAAGCAAGUGAAUGACUCUGCGGCGGAGGUGCGCGACGCUGCGUUUGAGGCUCUGGGCACUGCCAUGAAGGUAGUGGGGGAGAAGGCGGUCAACCCGUUCCUGGCAGACCUGGAUAAACUCAAGCUUGAUAGGAUAAAAGAAUGUGCAGAGAAAGUGGAGCUGGCUGGAGGUAAGAAGGGUGCUGGAGGAGCGGCGGAGAAGAAGGAGAAGCCUGCAGCCAAGGCGGCUCCCGCAGCAGAGCCUCCUCCCAGGGCCUCUGGGCCUCCCAAGAAGGCCCCCGCUGCCAAGUCGGCUGGUCCCCCGAAGAAGAGCAAGCCCUCCAGCACGCCCAGUGGGAAAGGAAAGAAAGCCGGCGAAAGCAAAGAGAUUGUAGAGACUGAGCUCUCGCUGGAGGUGUGUGAGGAGAAGGCCGCUGCCGUGCUGCCUGCUUCCUGCAUGCAGCUUCUGGACAGCAGCAAUUGGAAGGAGCGUCUGGCCAGCAUGGAGGAGUUUCAGAAGGCUGUGGAGCAGAUGGACCGCGGCGAGAUGCCGUGCCAGGCGCUGGUCCGCAUGCUGGCCAAGAAGCCGGGCUGGAAGGAGACGAAUUUCCAGGUGAUGCAGAUGAAGCUGCACAUCGUGGGCCUGGUGGCUCAGAAGGGCGUCUUCUCCAAGACCUCUGCGCUGGUGGUGCUGGACGGCCUGGUGGACAAGAUCGGCGACGUCAAGUGUGGCGGCAAGGCCAAGGAGGCGCUGACGGCCAUCGGGGAGGCCUGCUCCCUGCCCUGGACCGCCGAACAGGUGGUGUCCCUUGCAUUUGCACAGAAGAACCCCAAGAAUCAGGCUGAAACACUGAACUGGUUGGCAAACGCCAUGAAAGAGUUUGGAUUCGCAGGGAUCAAUGUGAAGGCGUUUAUAAAUAAUGUUAAGACCGCUUUGGGUGCCACCAAUCCGGCUGUGCGCACAUCUGCCAUCGCCUUGCUCGGCGUGAUGUAUCUCUACAUGGGAGCUCCACUGCGCAUGUUCUUUGAGGACGAGAAAACCGCCUUGCUCACCCAGAUCGACGCCGAGUUUGAGAAGAUGCAGGGCCAGUCUACUCCGGCUCCUUUCAGAGGCGCCACUAAGAAGGGCGGUGCUGAGGAGAAUGGAGAGGAUGCUGACGAGCAGGAGGAUGAGGGAGGAGCGGGAGACGUCAUGGACCUGCUGCCCAGAACAGACAUCAGUGAUAAGAUCACAUCUGAGAUGGUGUCCAAGAUCGAGGACAAGAACUGGAAGAUCCGUAAGGAGGGUCUGGACGAGGUGGCUGCAGUCAUCUCUGAGGCCAAGUUCAUCCAGUCCAGCAUCGGGGAGCUGCCCCUGGCCCUCAAGGCCCGUCUCAAUGACUCCAACAAACUACUGGUUCAGCAGACACUAAACAUCCUGCAGCAGCUGGCCAUAGCAAUGGGCCCUGGCCUCAAGCAUCACGUCAAGAACCUGGGAGUGCCCAUUAUCACUGUGCUUGGAGACAGCAAGGCGAAUGUGCGGACCUCUGCCAUGACGACGCUGAAUGCCUGGGUGGAGCAGACGGGCAUGAAGGAGUGGCUGGAGGGGGAGGACAUGUCCGACGAGCUCAAGAGGGAGAACCCCUUCCUCAGACAGGAGUUGCUGGGCUGGCUGGCCGACAGGCUGCCGGGUCUACGGGCCGCGUCCCCAGACCUGAUGCUGUGUGUGCCCCAACUCUACACCUGCCUGGAGGACCGCAGUGGAGACGUGCGCAAGAAGGCCCAGGACGCGCUGCCCACCUUCAUGAUGCACCUGGGCUACGAGAAGAUGACCAAGGCCACCACCAAGUUAAAGCCGGCCUCCAAGGACCAGGUGGUGGGCAUGCUGGAGAAGGCGCGAGCGGUGAUGCCGGCCAGGGUCGGUCCCCCGGCCAAAGCGGCCUCAAGCAAGGCAGCCUCCUCUGGGAAACCAGCCUCAGCUCCAGCCAGUUCCCAGAGUGCCGCAGAUGACUUUGCUCCCAGUGAACGUGAGCGGGAACGGGAAUCCAAACCUGACACCAAGAGAGCAAAGUCAGCUGGCCCUGCCGCUAAAAAGAGAGCCGGUGUGGGACUCGACUCUGGCAUGGACAGAGCUAGUAAUAUCAGUAAUCCCAAACGGCUCUCAGACCACAGGCUUGACCACGAGCAGGGUGUGGUGGGGAAGAAGACUCCAGUCAAGGCCAGUGCUAAGGAGGAGGAGGACAAGUCCGGCCCCGUCUUCACCCUGGUGCCCAACGGUAAAGAGCAACGCUACAAGGAGGAGAAGGCGCUCAAGAUCCUGAAGUGGAACUUCAACACUCCGAGGGACGAAUACGUGGAGCAGCUCAAGGGCCAGAUGGCCACCUGCAUGGCCAAGUGGAUCACGGACGAGCUCUUCCACUUCGACUUCCAGCGCCACGUCAGAGCUAUCGGCUCCAUGAUCGAGCACAUGGAGGACGAGCGGGACGCGGUGAUUGGCUGUCUGGACCUGGUGCUCAAGUGGUUCACACUGCGCUUCUUCGACACCAACACCACGGUGCUGAUGAAGGUGCUGGAGUUCCUCAAGCUGCUCUUCACCAUGCUCAAGCGCGAAGACUACCACCUCAGCGACUACGAGGCCUCCUCCUUCAUCCCCUACCUCAUCCUCAAGGUAGGGGAGUCGAAGGAUGUGGUGCGUAAGGACGUGCGUGCCAUCCUCUCCAUGCUGUGUAAGGUGUACCCCGCCAGCAAGGUCUUUCCCUUCCUCAUGGACGGCACCAAGUCCAAGAACUCAAAGCAGAGAUGUGAAUGUUUGGAGGAGCUCGGGUGCUUGAUUGAGGGCUUCGGAAUGAAUGUUUGCCAGCCGACUCCGGCUAAAAGCCUGAAGGACAUCGCUGUCCACAUCGGUGACCGGGACACAACUGUGCGCAAUGCUGCUCUCAACACUGUGGUGGUGGUGUACAAUGUCUGCGGGGACCAGGUCUUCAAACUCAUCGGCAAUCUCUCGGAGAAGGACCUGAGCAUGCUGGAGGAGCGCAUCAAGCGCUCGGCGAAGAAGACGCCCCCAGCCCCCGCCAAACCGGCCGAGCGGGCACCGCGCGACCACCCCUCCAACAACAGCGCCACCUUCAUGCGCAAGCCUGCCGCUGCCCAGGAGGACAUGCCCAACAAGCUCAACCAAGCGCGCCAGCACAACGCUCACUCGGAGCAUUCGGCGCCCUCUAUCCCACGGGAGUUCCAGCUCGACCUGGACAUGAUCGAGAACGACCACACGAAUGUGUGCGAGCUGCCCGACCUGGUGCAGCACAAGCUGGACGAGCUACUGGAGCCAGUCAUGAUCCCAGAGCCCAAGAUUCGUUCUGUGUCUCCGCACUUUGAUGACCUCCGUAACAGCACAGCCUCCACCAUCAACUUCGUCAUCUCCCAGGUGGCCAGUGGAGACAUCAACACCAGUAUCCAGGCCCUCGCACAGAUCGAUGAGGUGUUGCGGCAGGAGGACAAGGCGGAGGCCAUGUCGGGCCACAUUGACCAGUUCCUCAUCGCCACCCUCAUGCAGCUGCGGCUCAUCUACAACACGCACAUGGCCGACGACCGCCUGGACAAGAGGGACAUCUUCAAGCUCUACAGCUGCAUCAUCGGCAACAUGCUCUCUUUGUUCUCUGUGGAGAGUCUGGCGCGUGAGGCGUCCAUGGGGGUGCUGAAGGACCUGAUGCACGGCCUCAUCACGCUCAUGCUGGACGCGCGGGUGGAGGACAUCGAGGACGGCCAGCAGCUCAUCCGCUCCGUCAACCUGUUGGUGGUGCGCGUGCUGGAGAAGUCCGACCAGACCAACAUCCUCAGUGCUCUCCUGGUGCUGCUACAAGACAGUCUUCUCACUACAGCAGGGUCUCCAAUGUUCUCAGAACUGGUCAUGAAGUGCCUGUGGAGGAUGAUCCGGUUCCUUCCGGAGACCAUCAACACCAUCAACCUGGACCGCAUCCUCCUGGACGUGCACAACUUCAUGAAGGUGUUCCCCAAGGAGAAGCUGAAGCAGCUCAAGAGCGACGUCCCCCACCGGACACUCAAGACCCUCCUGCACACCCUGUGCAAGCUCAAAGGGGCCAAGAUCCUGGAUCACCUGUCCAUGAUCGAGAACCGCAACGAGUCUGAGCUGGAGGCACACCUGCGCCGAGUGGUCAAGCAUGCGGGCAACCUGUCGGGUCACAAGUCUGACAAGGGCUCUGAGAAGGGAGCCAUCCGGACGGAUGAAAAGAUGUCCAAGUCCAAAGUGAGUGAAAUUCUCUCAGAGAUUUUCAAGAAGAUUGGCUCCAAGGAGAACACUAAAGAGGGUCUAACGGAGCUGUAUGAGUAUAAGCUGAAGUAUUCGGAUGCUGAUGUUGAGCCUUUCCUGAGCAACACAUCCCAGUUCUUCCAGAGCUACGUGGAGCGAGGCCUGCGCAUGAUCGAGUCUGAGCGCGAGGGCAAAGGUCGCAUCCAGUCCUCCAGCACUGUGAUUCCCCAGCAUGUUGGCGAUCCCUCCACAUACAUGCCCAGCUCCAGCAGUGUCCCAAUCAACAGCAACGGGGAGGAACUGAAGCCAGCCGUCUACUACGAGAGGCUCAAGAUCCUCCGGCAGAGACACGGUCUGGAGAACAACUCCAAGCUGCAGCAGCAGCAGCAGCAGCAACAGCAGUCGUCUGGGGACGAGCGGCCGCCCCUCACCUCCCUGCUGUCCAAGCCCUCGGUGGCCUCGUCCACCGACAUGCUGCACAGCAAGCUGUCGCAGCUCAAGGAGUCGCGCGAGUCGCACUUCCAGCAGGAGCACUCGCACAGCCCCACGCGCUCCUCCUCGCCCGCCGCCAACCUCGACGACCUCAAGAAGAGGCUGGAGCGCAUCAAGAGCAACCGCCAGUGAGCGGCGCGGAGCCGAGCUUAGCGCUAGCUCCAGCGCUAGCCCAGGCCGCUAACGCCACCCCAACAACCACCUCCAACACCACACCCGCCACCGGGCUAGUCAGGCUAGGCCCCUUGCUUGUACUCCCACACAAGACAUGCAUCCAUAGUUGACCCUGGGCCUUCUUUUCAGUCAGGGCCACCCAUGCACUCCUGUGUAUAAAAAUAUAAUAAUUAAUUCAACAUAAAAAAACCAAGCUUCUCAUCUCCUUGUAUUAUAUAUAAUAUUUAAUUAAUUAAUUACUUUUUUUUUGUUUGUUUGUUUUUGUUUUUAGUAUUGUGCAGUUUGUUUGUAUGUGUAUAUACUCAUGAACGCUAACCACUGGCCUCCAAGUGUCAUUUUAGGAGUUUUCAGCGUACGGUCUCCUUGUGCAGAAUGCUUUUAUCAUGCGUCACUUAAAGCUGUCCCUGUUUUCUAGACGUCUGAGCAGAACCAUGUCUCUCCCCUUCAUCUUCUCCAGGGCCUCCGUAACCACGUCUCUUUUAACCACUCCACUCGGCUACAUUUUUAGUUCCUCAUUCUUUUAUUUGCUUUUCCAUACUAGAGGUUCCUGUACAAUUUGAAGGAUUUUUGAUUGUGUCCUUGGAAUAAGGAGCAUGGCAUGAAGUACUUUAAACUAUUUUAUUUUGUAAAUAAUGUUUGCAUUACUAAAUGCUGUUUGAGAUUUAAAUAAUGGUUUGAUUAUUUUUUCUCCCCUGGCUUUCUGACGUGUCUGUUAGAAUGCUGGUCAUCCUGAUGCAUUGUUUUGUAUUUCAUCCAGUUGGAAGUAGUCUUAAACUGUUGCUAUUGAGUUUUAUGUGUGUAAUCUAUAGUGAAAUGGCAAUAAAGGUCCAUUGUUUUUUUUAACAAACUA